AUGGAAAUUAAUCUUUUAAAACCAAAUGAUAAACAAGUGGAAGAGGAGAUUUUAGAAUUUUUAUUGGAUCAUUUUCUGAUUGAUGAACCUCUUUUUGAGGGAUUAAAAAUUAGUAGAGAGGAAGUUAUUCCCUUCUAUAAAGGCUUGGAAUUACUUUUAGAAAUUUUAAAAAAGGAAAAUUCUUUUUUAGAAAUUAUUAAAAUAUGUUCAAAAGAACCACCAAUUUCAAUGCUUGUAAGGUCCAAAAAUGAGGAAAAUAAAUUAGUUGCUGUUAUGUUGGGGCAAUUAAUAAAUAGAAAUGGGCCUCAAAAUGAUUUUUAUAAAAUAAAAGGAGAAAAAACAAAAUAUUCUCCGAAUGUUGAUAUUUAUUGUAAAUUAGUACAUUUAUGUGAAUCUUGUGUAUGGGAUUUACUACCUAAAAAUAUGGUUAAAUUGUGUAGCGUUGCUUUUCUGUCAGUUCACAAAGAUUACAGAAAAUUAGGUAUUGGGUACCAAACAACAAAAGAAUUAGUUAAUUAUUUACGUCAAAUGGGGGAUGUUCAAGGAUUUGUUUCUGAAUUAUCUGCCAUUUCCAAAGAAAUUGGUUUUGAAUUAUUACUUCAAAUACCUUAUGAAGGAUGGAAAGAUGAAAAAGGAAAUCAAAUUAUUAAAGCUAAAGAUGGGGCUAAAAGUUUAGAUUUACAAUGUUUAUUUCUUUAA